AUGACAAGCGCCGUUGUUUUUGCUUUGGUUAUUGGAAUUGACCGGUUGGUUAGUGUUAAGUGGCCACAUAUGUAAGUUAUGGUGGGUUUGGGCAUAGUGAGGUAGAUUAUGGGUAAGGACGGUUAUGGCAAAGCUAGUGUUACAAACAAUGCUAAAAAUGUGGCCUUAGGCUAAACGUGGACUAGGCCUUGAGCAAAGCUUAGACUAAGGCCGAGUUUUAGGCUAAGCAAAGGCAUAAGAUUUGAGAAAAGCUUAAGGUUAGGGCUCUGAGCUAGGGCUCUGGGCUAGGGCUCUGGGUUAGGUCUUUUGGCUAAAACUCUUCAAGCUUUUUUGAGCUAAAUAAUUGUUUUAGAUAUCUAAAAAUCGAGCUAUUCCCAUACAUACCUCUAGUAUGUUGCUUCCCUUUACUUUUAUCACUGUCUGUAAUUGGCUUUAGCUUUUACGUGAUGAAGCAAAACUCUAAUACCUACGUUAGUUGUACUAUAAAUGGAGUGCUUUCCAAUAACAAAGAAUUUGUACUACUUAUUCACACACUGCAUGCUAUUAUUGCUAUUGUCACAUUAUUUGUGUACAUGUACAUUUGGCGGUUGGCUACGGGGCUUCGUAAGUCAUAUGUUUAAAAGGGACGUUGGCUUAGGUAGGGGUAAAAAAUACAGUAAUAAUUAGAGUUUCAUAGGGCUUUGGAAGCUGUUCCGGCUCCGAGGCAGCUCCGGCUUCUGAGGUGGGAUCGGAGCCGAAAUGGUAAUAUAUGAAAGGCGGGUCCAGAGCUGGAGUUGGAACUGGAUCUAAAGCUUGAGCUUGAGCUAGAGCUAGAGCUAAAGCUAGAGCUAGAGCUAGAGCUAGAGUUGGAAACACUGUCAUUAGUUUUAAAUUUUUGAAUUUUACUAAUAAUAAUAUACAGUAUUCCUUAAUUUUAGCAACAAAAACCAAAAAACUGAUAAAGUCAUUGAUUAUUGUUACACUAUCAUUCUUUAUAACAUGGCUAAUCACCAGUAUCUCUUUGGUAUUCGUGUAUGUUAGCGAACUAAGCGAGGAAAAUAAGUUUAAAAUACGAAUUUUUAUGACCGGAGUCUUUACUCUGUGUGGAUUCAGCGACUUUGUCAUCUAUUACAGACUGAAGUAAGUUUUUUUAAAAUAUUUGUCACAGUUUUUAGUCUAACAGUUUGCUAUACAGGGUGCGCCAAAAGUUCUGUUACAUGGUUCUUGGUUUUGUAACAGAACUUUUGGCGCACCCUGUAAAGACUGGGUAAAAAUUAUACCUUAAAAUAAGCCUAUUUUAGUCAAGAGUACAGACACGCUUUCCUGGAGCAAUUUUACUUUUGGGACUCAAAAAAAGUUAUUAAAAGACAUAGCUACGCUAAUGUUAAAGUGCACAGUGCGGAACAACGACGUUCUGGCGAAGACUUGGUUUUCCAUGUGCCGACGAACUUAUAA